AGUACCGUGCGCGACGUAUUCGGCGGUCGUCGAAGCUGCACAAACUUUGACUGCGAUGUUAGCAGAGUAGCGAGGGAAAGAGUAUUCUGCACCAUGGUACGCAACAGUGUAUUUCUACUGUCCCUCCGAAAACUGCUGCUCCCGUUGCUGCUUGUCGCCAACCCGGCUUGCCUCCAUGGAAGGCCGCUGAGUAAUGGAUGGAAUCACAGCAGUUCAGCAACGGCCAACUUCGGGAGCAACUGGCGAGGGGUCGGAGUUCUCGGGGUUCCCAUUCAUCAAGGUCAGCCCAAGCCAGGCGUCGAAAAGGGUCCACAAUUUCUUCGCGAUGCUGGACUCCUCGAACAGCUCAGAGAACUCGGUCACGAGGUCGAGGACUUCGGCGAUGUCAGCGUGGAGGGCGACCCCGGCGUCACCGAUUGCAGAGCGCGCAACUCGGACGUCGUUGGAAAGACCAACAAAAACGUACGCGACGCGGUGGCGGAGGUGCUCGACUCGGGCCGGGUCUCGUUGAACCUGGGCGGAGACCACACGAUGUCCAUCGGCUCGGUCAUCGGACACGCGCAGUCCGUGGACACGGAGGUGGCCCUCAUCUGGAUAGACGCACACGGCGACAUCAACACGCCCAGCUCUUCUACGUCAGGCAACAUGCACGGCAUGCCCCUCUCCUUUCUCGUCCACGAGAUGGCGCCGUACGUCGUGAAGCCCAAGGGAUUCGAAUGGGUGGAGCCGUGCGUCUACAAGGACAACCUGGCUUACAUUGGUUUGAGGGACGUGGACCCUUAUGAGCGGUACUUCAUGAACCACCUGGGCAUCAGGACGUACGACAUGGCCGACAUUGACCGCCUGGGGAUCCGGGAUGUGGCGCAGAGGAUACUGAAGGAGAUUAACCCAACGGGAGAGAAGUCCUUGCACAUCAGCUAUGACAUCGACUCCAUCGACAGGAUGAUCGCGCCGAGCACAGGGACACCCGUUUUAGGAGGACUCUCUCUCCGGGAAGCCUUGGUCAUCGCGGAGGAAGUGAGCAAGUCUGGUCAGCUGAGGGUGCUUGACCUGGCCGAAGUCAAUCCUGAGCUUGGAAGCGAGCAAGACGCCAGAAACACCAUCGACUGCGGAGUGAGGCUCAUCGACUCAUUUUUCGGCAGCCAACGCGGCGGCAACCUGCCCCUUGAGAACGACCCCAAUGUCACCGACCCGAGCUGCGUUACCUGCCAGUAAAAUUAUACAAAACCUACGGACGACGUCCGGCUUCGCUGACAUUGACGACCUGACAUUGACGACGUCAAGACAAGGAAUGAAUAAACGGGCUCAACUCAAAUGAAAUGAUGAUUAUUGGGGCAAGCUACAAUGACGGCAAAGAUGCCGCCGGAAAUAUAAAAAGAUCAGUGUCACCAGGCAGUAAAACUUUAUUUUGCGGUUCAAAUGAAUCAAUAAAUCAAUCAUUGUCACAAGAA